AUGGAAUGUUUCAUGUGCGAGAGCGAGAUCCUUCCAACGCUGAACACAUUCAUUGUGUUAGACAUAGUAAUACAAAUGUUAAAAGGAUGUAAAGGUGGGAGCAGCAGAGCAGAAGGGGGGGAGAAAAAAAAGGCGCUCUACUUAACAAACAAAAUUAUGAUGGAAGCAUUCCCCCCCAAUUUUAACUUCAUCUUGGCCUUCUUAAAUGGGAAGGUUAAUCACAACACGGCGAAGAUCUCACAGGGGGAAGACCUACCCAACGUAGUGGAAGGGGGUACUCAACCAGAUGAACGAAAUGGAGAGAGAAACUUCGUUGAGCAUACCACCCAGUGGAAUAUCCACAAGGUGAAAGACAUUAAAAAGGGAACAGUCGAGAGAGUAACUUAUUUCGAAUCCCCAAUGAAGGAACAUCUGAGCGUGGAAAAAUUUAGACAGAUCCUAGAACGGAUACACAUAAAGUAUAUCGAAGGGGACGAAGGAGAAAACGACGAAAGGGAGAUGAGGCAUUUGCAGGAGAAGCGAUUGGGGGAGAAGACCCUGACUGAAACACUAUACAAUUUGAAUGAGAGGAAAGAAUACAACUGGGUUAUUGUUAAUUUGGCCUUCCUCUUCGUAAAGGAUAAAAAGAAAAUAAAUAUAUACGCCGAAAAUCUUUCUUUGCAUUAUUUGUAUGAGAAAACCAAGGAUACUUGUACUGAUAGUCUGAACACCACCAAGGAAAUCCUCUUCUCAUCUCAGAAUACAAAUAAUUUUCGAAAUAUUCCCACGGAGAGGGAGAUAUAUGAUGUGCCCUUCUUUAAUAACAUCCUCACUGUUCACUUCUGCUACUCCUUUUUGGUGAAUUUUUAUGAACACCUAAAUCACCAUCAGCUGGAAGAUACCAUAUGCAAUUCGGUCGAAUCACACAUGGGGAGAACCUAUAGGGAUACACAGUGUGAUAUGAAUAAGGGCGAAGUCCCCAGGGGUAGGAGUACUUACCGCCCGCGUGGAAGAACCCAUGACCGCAACACAGAAUCAACGGACAGGGUGCGUACAAGUGAUCAGUGCACUAUUGCAACGAUAUUGAAUUCCAACAAUUUGGAAAAGCAUUCCAUCAGUAGGAAACGAAAAUUGGAGGAGAUUGAAGGAGGAGAGUUACUCAGUGGUAGCCAUUCGGGUACACCCCUUGGUGACAGGGAGAGAAGUACCCCUGAGGAAGGAAGUACAACUGAUACCGCUCCGAAUGACGGUUCAGAAGGGGAACAGUACAUCCACCUGGAACACCCCCACGUGGAACACCCCCACGUGGACAAUCUAGACAAUCACCAACACCUGCAGAAUUUACCCUACCUACCCAACGAUGAUCUCAGCGGAGAACACAUUUCGAAGAACACCAAAGCUCAUGAAGAGGAUUUCCUCAACCCUCGGAAGAGAAAGAAAAAAAAAGGAAACAUAAAACAUCUAUACACCUUUGACGUAAUCCCAAAAUCUGAAAAGUAUAAAAAAAUUUACAUCAACAUGUUAUCUUUGUACUGCAAUUGCAUCUGUUUGAUCUCCUGA